AUGUUGUCUACAACUCCUCUAGCCGCGGGACGUCGACGCGUCUUCGGCUCUGUUUUCUCCCCCGCGUCACUCGAAGCUCGGCCACCAUUCGCAUCUAGUUACGAUAACGACCAGAACUUAGCGGCCUCAUUUCAAUCCUCCUCUACCGUCCAAAACGAUUCCUUCGCGCCGCCUUAUCAGAACACGGACAACACAUCGGCCCGCCAGGCAUGUAAAGAAGCUUGGUCCGCUGCCACGGCGUAUCUAUGUAUACCGGACCAGGGCUUUGCGCACAUUUAUGAAUCAAGAGGGACCGAUGGAAGCGAGGCAUUGAAAGACUCGAACCGACUUAGCCCACCCUCGAAGGAGACUGGGGAGGCGGUCGCUUACUUGACUGCUUCGGCUCAGCAUGGGCAGACUUCGGGUCAAAGGGAUUUAUUUGAAUGGUACGGUGAUGAGAUGCGGAGACAUUUUCUCACGAACCUCCGUGGGGGUCUUCAUGAACUUCUCAAGUCUCCCGAGGAAGAAGGUUUGCUGCGGACAAUUGUCGACUGUCUACAGUUAGCUCGUCGAAUCUACCUAGCGCCAAUUGUACAUUAUGUGAUGCCGCUCAUACCCGUCGCUGAACAAGGGCGACUUUUAACUCAACUUCAACGCGUCUUUCAUACAGUUGUCUCAUAUUCAUUACCCUGGGAACAAAUCGCAACCCUUUUGGCCGGUGAGCUGGCACGCAAUGCGUUGGUUAUCUUGGGGAUCGAUACUUUGCUUGACAACUCGGAAUCGGAGAACAAUAGCCACGAUGGCAUGGAUAUUGACCGACAAUAUUCCGUAUUGUACGAGGAUUGGGUAGAUGCGAGUCCAGAAACUCGCGCAUUGAUCAUGGUCGAGGGAGAGCUACCGAACAUUACUGUAACCCGGGAUCAGCUGCUAGCCUUCCUGAAUGGUCUUCAGCUUGUCGGACUUGGUGGGGAUAAGGCGCAGAAAGUGUUUGCCAGUGUAAUGAACAUCAUGAUGAGUGAGUUUGUACGUGCGGCAUACAAUAAGCGUUGGAAACGACCGACCGCAGUGGCUCAGCAUUUGAGGUACUGGGUAGAGAAUGUCUUCUCACGUCUUGUAGUUCAAGUGCUUGCUAUCAUCCAUACACCUCCUGUCGGGAACCCGUUACCGGGCGCUUUGGACGUGAGUUUCGGGGAUGUCGAACAGUGGCAAGAAAUUGCAAUUGCACGUCUCGGUGCACUUCGUACAAGCGAACUGUUCGAUGUCAUUGUUGAGUGGCCUCUGAGUUCUGGUGCAAUUGAGGAUUUGCGACAAUUUACAACACAUCCGGCAGCUCGAGCACAUGUCACUCAGACCUUUAUUGCGCUUCUGACCCAGCGUCUUUUACACCCUGGCGCGUCUACUGUGCAGAUAUUGCAAUUAUACAUAUCGAUUAUUCGGGCUUUUCAUCUCCUAGAUCCGAAAGGUGUCCUCUUGGAUCGAAUUGCACGUCCUAUUAGGCGUUAUUUAAGGGAACGUGAGGACACCGUUAGAGUGAUAGUCGGUGGAUUGUUGGCAGACCCAUGUGCCACUGCAGCUACUGAGCCAUCGAUGUCUUCGUCUGGGGAAACCUUGAUUGAGCUAGCGACGGAGUUAACCAGGGCACAUCAGUUAUCGCUUAAUCAAAAUAAGAGUGAGAUGGAUUGGAAUGAUUUGAACUGGAUGCCGGACCCCGUUGAUGCUGCGCCGGACUAUCGGAAGUCAAAGAGUUCAGAUGUUAUUGACAGUCUGAUUAGCUUAUUCGACUCGAAAGAGACAUUUGUCAAAGAAUUGCAAACGCUGUUGGGUGAUCGUCUCUUACAGAAGCGUGACGAUUACGAUCAGGAGAUAUCUGUCCUAGAACUACUGAAAGUACGCUUUGGUGACUCAGCUCUACAAGCAUGCGAGGUUAUGCUUCGCGAUAUUUCAGACUCUCGACGUGUCGAUGCCGUCGUUAGGAACGACCAAGGCUUCAAUAAACCUCCUUCCCGCAUGACUUCAAGACGCAUACCAAGACCAGACAUCCCUGAACUUCAUACGAAGAUUCUGUCGCGCUUCUUCUGGCCCGAGAUCCAGGAUCAAGAAUUCAAGAUUCCCGAUGAGAUCCGAUCGAUGCAAGAGAAAUAUUCCGCCGGAUUUGAAUCUCUGAAACAAUCGCGCAAGCUUACGUGGCGGAAUGGACUUGGUCAGGUCGCCGUCGAAUUGGAACUGGGUGAUCGCACCUUCGCAGACGAGGUAACAACAUGGCAAGCCACGGUAGUCUAUGCUUUCCAAGGCGACUCCGAAGAGCCCAUCGCAAAAACUGUCACUGAGCUCGCAAGCGCAUUGGAGAUGACCGCCCCCCUCGUCCGCAGCGCGUGUCUGUUCUGGGUAAGUAAACGAAUAUUAGCUGAGACCCACCGGGACAGCUUCCGAGUACUUGAAACACUGUCCACGGAGAACGAACAAGGUCCAGGCGGCGACACCGGCUCCAUGGCAGAAGAUGAGGCACCGGUCGGUGACGCAGCAGCAGCAGCAGAAGCUGCGGCCGCGGCUGCCGCUAAGGAAACUGCAGAGGCUGCCGCCAUGGAGAAGAUGAAUCUAUACUGGCAAUUCAUUGUGGGAAUGCUCACCAAUCAAGGUGCUAUGCCUCUCCAGCGCAUUGUCAUGAUGUUGAAGAUUGUGGUACCUGGUGGGUUCCCAUUUAGCAAUGAAGAACUGCGUGAGUUUCUGGCUGGAAUGGUGUCUCGUGGGAAGCUGGAGAUUGCUAGUGGUGGUAAUUACAAGCUUGUGCAUUAA